AUGGAUAUUGUAUAUAGUUAUAAAAAGAAAGUACGAGAACUGGGCCAACCGUAUGAAUUUGAAGACUCCGAACCAAUUCUUCUUGUAAAUAUUCAACCCGAUGAUAGAAUUCGGAAAUCCUAUUACAUUGAAAAAGACCCUUGCCAUGUUGGAGUUCAAACAGCACCGGAGUUGAGCGAACAUGUUGUCAAUACAAAUACAAAAAACUAUUCCAGCUCAGGAAUGCUGCACAUUGAAGGAGGCUGGCCGAAGGAUGUAAAUGCAAUGGAUGUGGAUGCAAAAAAGAGACAUCAAAAGAAAGUGGAAAAAGAUGAUUCUUAUGUGAAAUCCGCUCUUGCUCUCUCUAAUGAAGUUAUUAAGAAUCUUUGUAUUAAUACAGCUCUAAAUGUACAUGAGAAUUAUUUUGAAACUGAUGAAAUUAGUGGAAUUGAGGAUGAUCAAUUAAUUCGAUCAACAACAACAAAACCUACAGCCACCGUAUUAACCAUACUUAAAGAUCCUUCAGAGCAUAAGAGGAUCGUUAACCACAUUGCAUGGGCAAACGGAGAUUCUAAAAAAUUGGCUGCUGCUUACUUUGUACCUCAAAAUGAUGCCCUUUCCGAGAGCAUGGAAAAAAGUUCAUAUAUUUGGGAUAUUCGAAAUCCAAACUCUCCAGAGUUGGUCUUGACUCCUGGAUCUCCUUUGAGUUGUUUAGAGUUUAAUCCAAAAGACUCAACCUGUAUUUUAGGAGGUGCAAGAAAUGGUUGUCUCUACGUUUUUGACACUAGGCGUGGCUCGAAUCCUGUUGAAUAUUCUCAUAGCCAAACAAGUCACAAAGAUCCAGUGUAUUCAGUUCGGUGGAUACAAAGCAAACAGUUCACAGAGUGUGUGAGUAUUUCGAGUGAUUCACAAGUGUUGUUUUGGGAUAUUCGAAAUUUGGCAGAACCAUUGGAAAGAAAUGUUUUAGAAAUAACUCAAUCUAAGAUCUAUCAGCCUCAGAAAUUUGGGGCCCUCUGCAUGGAUUAUGAUACCUCGUAUAGUACCUCUAAAUUGCUCAUAGGUUCAGAUCGAGGCCAAUGUCUAAUUUGGAACAGAAAAGCAAGAAAAGGAGGAAAAGAAAAAGUUGAGAGAGUAUAUCUAGGUCAUCACAGCUCUGCCUUCUCAGUUCAACGAUGUCCCUUCAACCCUAAGUAUUUCCUCUCGAUAGGAGAUUGGACAGCUAGGAUUUAUCACGACGAUAUUUGGAAAAAUCCCUUAAUUGAAACCAAAUAUAGUGAAAACUACCUUACUGAUGGAUGCUGGUCGCCCACAAGACCAGGUGUAUUUUUCACAACAUCAACGGAUGGGUCGUUCAGUGUGUGGGAUAUUCUUCACAGCCAUUCAAAGCCUGUGGUUUCUCUGCAGUUGACAUCGAGCUUGCAUUGUGUGAGCACUUCGAACGGAAAACAUCUCGCUGUAGGAGACAGAGAUGGGGGUGUAAGCUACAUUGAACUGAGUGAUGAUUUGAGCGGAUAUUUUAAUGGUGCUCCUAGAGUUAUUCAGGAUGAAAAGAAUGCAAUUAACGAUAUGUUGGAUCGAGAGACAAGACGAGAGAAAGCGCUCGAACAAAAGGUCAAACCUGUGGAAAGCACUAAUUCUUCAUCUUUGUUGGAGGUUCCACAUGAAAGGUUUGUGGCUCCUAAUGAAGAAGAAUUAAACAAAUAUUUUGAAGAAGCUCUACAAAGGUAG